CCUGCUUUAUUUUCCUCUUUCUCUCCGCCUCCCUUCGCAGAGGCUCCCGCACCCACCUGGCCACCUCCCACCUCUCCAUAUACUGCCCUCCUCCCCAUCCUCCCCGUCGACCCACACCGCCUCCCCUCCCAAGCCCCGGACGCCUCACGGGGGUGGCGAACUACCGCCCCGCGCCCUCGUCGCAAUCCCAGAGCCGAGAUCCUAGGGUCAGGAAGCCAGAAUGCCCGCGCAGAAGCGCCGGCUCCCGUCGCCGUCCUCGAAACCCCGCGACCACGUCGCGGCUCCCGGCUCUGAUGCCGCCACCGCCGCCGGCGGGGGCGCAGGGGAAGGAAGGGGAGGACGCCCGCCGCUGCCGAGCGGGGGCGCCGCCAAGCGGAGGUUGACCGAGCCAAAGCCGCAGCGCGGACUCGAAGACGAUUCGGACGCGGAGGAUGGCGGCGGCGCGGACGGCGAUAGCGAGUCCUCGCAGAGCGACGGCGGCGGCUACGACGAGUUUAUGCUAGUGAAAUUAGCAGAGAUACGGAAGGAGGUUCAGUGCCCUAUCUGUUUAGGAAUUAUUCGGAAGACAAGGACAGUUAUGGAAUGUUUGCACCGAUUCUGUAGAGACUGCAUUGAUAAAUCUAUGCGACUAGGAAAUAAUGAAUGCCCAGCGUGUCGCACUCAUUGUGCAAGCAGACGUUCUUUGAGGGAUGAUCCUAAUUAUGAUGCACUGAUUGCAGCCUUAUAUCCAGAUAUUGACAAGUAUGAGGAAGAGGAACUUGCUUUCAAUGAACAGGAGAAGACUCGGAAUAAAAAGAUUCAAGAAACCAUUGAGGAAACAUUUCGAAGACAGUCCGAGGCAAUUGGUAAGAAGCGUUCCACAACAAAAGCAACUGACACUGCCUUUGCAAGGAAGUACCGGAGAAAUAUGCGAACACGGGGCAGAGGCAGAACCAUAACCCCUGAUAUUGCCCCUAUUGGCUCUGAUGAUGAGGAUAGAGAAGAAGAAAGUGCCAAUGAGGUCACCAAAGAGCCAUCUUCUGCUGAUGAUCAUUCUCCAGAUUUAAGACAGAAAAAAUGUAGGAAGAGGUCUGCAUCACAACCUUCACCUGCUAGAACCAUUGGCAGUAGUGACCACAGCUUUGAGGAGAACGAUGAAGUAAUUGGUGGAAAAGAAAUUUUGGCCACCUCCCCAUUGCGGGGAGAGAUGCUUGCAUGGGGAAAAAAUGGUACAAGGAGCCAGAAUCGACAUGGCAGUGCUAGUUCAAAUGUCAGAAUGGGGAGGAGCGGACGCAUUGCGAAAUUGGUUGAUCACCUCCGUACUACUGAUGAAAUGGAUAAAGAGUUCCCCUUGUAUCUUGUUCUCCUUCCAAUCGAUGGACAAAGCAUACCUAACUUGGAAAAGCCCUAUCUAAGUUGUCGACCAACUUUGUCCAUUCAACAUCUUGUAAAGUUUAUUGCUCAUCAGUUGUCUCGGAAAAUCGAGGAACUGGAGAUGUACAUAAGGAUGGACCGCCACAAUGGAAGUGUUGGCUCAAAGGCUUCCAGUACAGUUGAGUCAAAAUCACAUCCAUUUGAUGACUUGGAAAGACUGAGUGGAGAUAAACUUCUUUCGGACCUUCACCCUUCGUUUGCCUCUAGCAACGGUGAUCUGGAAUUGCUGUAUGCUUUGAAAACUCAAGACUAGAUCAAUUUUGGUCCUCAGCUAUCAAUUUGUGAGGUCACUGUCCAUAUGGUGGUGGUGCAAAUGAGAUCAGCAUCCGGCGAACGGAUGCAUGUAUAAAAGUAUUCAAUGUGCAAAAAUGGUGAAGCUAUUUUUUUCGUCAUGUUUUCUUAGGUUAAUUUACCAUCCUUGUAAUAUAUGACGAACUGUUUACCGAAUGUCCUCAGUAGGCGAAUCAAUCUGUCUUCUAUUUA